GGCUCGAACGCUGCGGCCGCCGCCACCGUCACCGCCGCUGCUACCGCCGACACGAGAGAAGAAAUGUAUCAAGCAAGACCGCUCUCUAGGAACCUCUUUUUGUACACCUUCCUGCAAAACCAUGGCCCUGGCUUCCGGGAUGGCCAAGGUGAGGGGCUUCCCGGCGUGACCAGUAUCUUGGAGUUCCACCCUGUCUCCCCCUACAGUGACGGCCCCCACUACUUGGCCAUGCAGCUGGCCUCCAUCGCCGACGAGAUGGAGCUGCGGCUGCUGCUGCCCCAGUUCGUCGAGCCCAUCCGGAUGACCGUGUACAGCCACAUAGGACUGAGGGACGUUCUUAGAAGUUUUGUGGUGGCUUUCACUAACCUCAGGGAGAACAGAAGCCUCUGGAGCUUCCUGACCCUCAGGGACAGGGUGUCCCCCAGCCCGUGGCCCGAGCUGGCGCUGUCCCUGCUGCUGGUGGUGACGCUCAGCUGGGGGCGCCGCCUCCACUGACCUGCUGCUGGCCCGUGUGGGGUGGGGCUGGCCCCCCGC